GUUUUUUUUUUAUGCUGGAACAUUUGUAUCCAAUUAUUGUACUGACAACUUGUGUUACAAUAAUUGAUAAACAAAUAAAUAAAACCAGUUUAAUUGUUCAUAAAUUGAUUCCAAAGUAUAAAUGUAACAUGAAAAUAAAAAAUGAGCUUAAAAAAUUUUCACUGACAUUGUUGCAUCGUAAAGUACAAAUAACCGCCGGUGGAUUGUUUUCUCUCAAUACCAGUCUAUUAACAUCUCUUUUUGGCGCGGCCAUAAUUUAUACCGUGAUUCUUAUUGAGCUCGAUAACGACAAGUAAAAUAUCUGGCAACUUUUCAAGGUGUUUAUAAAAAAA